GCUGUUCUACCGUAGGCUGUCACUCGUAAUUAUUUCGGCGGUAGUUAUCCUAAACGCUCAUCGCACAGUCAUAAAAGUUACUACCUUGUCAUUUUUUAUCAGCUGUUAUCCGGAUAGGUACAGACUGUCUCAGACUGUCUGUACCGGUAGGGUUUCAAAUUUGGUACUCGUGGGUACCAGCUAAGAACCCGUGGGCUCUUGGCGGGUUUAGACAGAAUAUCUAAGUAUAAAGUUCACCCUCCAUUCGACCCCUUCAACACGCAAAUUACUCAAUCUUUCCAAGCACUUAUUUAUUCACGCUCAAAGGAAAACCUUGAAAUUCGGAAACCAAAGAGUGACGGCUGCAAUAUGACUCCCCCCACCCAAGUACCUUAUCUGCAAGGCCAGUUUAGUCGGGCUGGCGGAUGGUUACCUCCAGAUCCCAAGAUACUGAUUGAAUGGGUUCGAAAAUUAGUUGCAGAGGUGGACGAGAAACGCCGAUGGUCAGGACCCCUAGGACCCAAGGACUUGGCUCCAUCUAUCCAAGCCUUCGAUGCUGUUGUGCAGAGCAGUUCCAAGCUUCGGAUGCUGGCUCAGGCUAUGCUAGACGAAGUUCCUAACAAAGAACCGUACCUAACGGACCCGGUUGGGAACAAGCAGAUCCGAGACUAUAAUUGUUUGCUUAAUACAUUUAAUCACAUAGUAACAACGAAGGUACCGGAGUGGAAUAUGCAUGAAUACGAAGUUGGCUUGAUUGGAUUCCCUUUCAAUGCUGUACUCGACUGGCCAAUGGCUACCCCAAGUGGGUAUGCCUUCUUCCUAGACCAACAGAUCAACGAAAAACUCAAGGAUAUUCUAAACGCUUGGAGAGAUGACGUCCUUACGAAGGAAAUGUCUCUAAAGGUGAUUACUGAGGAGCCGGAUGGAUGGCUAAGCCCGGAGGCAUUGAAGGUACUCGAGGAUAACGCUAAUCUCGAGGGCCAAAUGCUCAAGUUCGCCCAGAUCUUCAACUGCGACCCGUCCAAAGAUCAUUGGGGCUUUCAGUCAUGGGAUGAUUUUUUUGUCAGGACAUUCAAGAGUAUCGAUGGUCUCCGACCAGUUUAUCAACCAGAUGACCCGAAAUCGAUCGUAAGCUCAUGCGAAUCAAAACCCUUUGCCCUCCAGAUGAACGUUAAGGAGCACGAUACCUUCUGGCUCAAGGGCCAACCAUACUCGGUAGCUGAGAUGAUACCUUCCAAGCCCGAAUAUAUAAGCAAAUUCGUUGGCGGUACAGUCUAUCAGGCUUUCCUAAGUGCAACAUCAUAUCAUCGUUGGCACUCUCCUGUAAAGGGACAAGUUCGCUACGCCAAGGUCAUUGAUGGAACAUAUUUCUCGGAGCCCACAAUCACUGGCUUUAGUAGUGAAGGCGGCCCUGAUCCAGCUGCACCUGACCAAGCUCAGGGUUAUAUCAGUCAUGUCGCAACAAGAGCGGUUUACAUCUUCGAGGCAGAUGACCCAACUAUCGGAUUCGUGGGCGCUGUAUAUGUUGGCAUGGCAGAUGUAUCGACUUGCGAGAUCAAUGAAAAAUUCCUGAAUAAGCUCCCACAACAGGUAGAAAAGGGCGACGAGAUUGGAAUGUUCCAUUUCGGCGGCUCGACCCACUGCCUGUUAUUUGAGAAGGGCUUGAGGCUGACCUGGGUCCAAGAAGCAAUUCCUGGUGUUGCUACGAGGAACCUUCCAGUACGGUCUGCUCUAGCCUACCCCUGUGCCCGAGCCGACAACGUCAACGCUUAAGGGAGACUAUAGUUUCCUAAGCCUUUUGGGGUAUUAGUCAUUCUUUAGGAUAGGAUACACAUUCCAACGUCUGCAUUUACAGUCCGUA